AUGAGACCCGCCACUGUUUUGUUCCGACGAUCUGCUUGGAAAGUCCCUCACAUUGUUCCUUUGCCUAUCCGUGAAGCCAUGGAAAAGAACACUCCUAUUCGCACAAAUGCCAGAUCCGGUACUAUUCUGCCUCAUUACGUUGGCCUGAAGUUCCAGGUUCACAACGGCAUGGAGUAUGUUGCUUUCGAGGUCACAGAUGAUAUGGUUGGCAGUAAGCUUGGUGACUUUGCACCUACCCGCAAGCGCUUUUCUUUCAAGGAAGGCAAAUAA